UGCUUCAGAUGAGUAUGCCGGUCGACGAGUUCCUGCCUGGGUUCGGCAGCGUGGACGAGUUUACCCAGGCCAACUUAAAGAAGAUCCUCCACGCUACUAAACUAUCAAAUGAUCUUCCAGGAGAGAAGCGUGAAGAUUUUGAUUACUAUUCAACAUUCCCAGAGUUCAGAAAGGUUUUAUCAGUUCAGGGACGGAAGUUGCGCGACAUGUUGAAAAUGCAGUUAAACUUUCAGGGGAUAAACUCAGGAGUUGGUUCUUCACAGGUUGAGGAUUUGGUUGAUCUGCUCACAGACACCAACGAUACUAUUCUUGAGAGAAUAAACAUGAACUUAGAUGAAGCUGCUGGACUAAAGCGGGAAGUGAAUCCUCUUUUGCUUGAAGUCAGUCAAUCCAAUGUUAAUCGAGUAUCAGGGUCCUGGAACAACUUUAACAGAAAUCAGAAGAAAUCUGAAAAUAAGAAGGAUAAUGAUGUAAAACUUCUCACCGCAAGGAAUGUAAUGAGACCUCAGGUUAAAUUCAAAUCUUUCAUCGAUAACACAGAGAAGCCCUUCACUCCUAGGCUUAAAGAAAAGCCGCACAGUAAGAAGCCUCUGUCUAUAUUGAUUGAGUAUGACGAGGUGGGGGGAGAGUUCUUCAGUCAUCCCUACCUUUUCGAGAUAGAGAGGUUCAGUCCAUCCCAUGACCAGCUCAAACCCAGACCUAUACCGAUCCCUCUGGGGGUAGAGCGGGUAGACAUGGACUUUAUCGAGACCAAGGAGCAGCUGGAGGAGUGCAUCAAGGAACUAUCCAAACAUAGCAUUAUUGCCAUUGACUUAGAAGCUCAUUCCUACAGAUCGUACCUAGGGUUUACUUGUCUUAUUCAGAUUUCUACAGAACACAAGGAUUAUCUGAUCGAUCCUUUUAAUAUUUGGGGGGAGAUGAACUUACUCAACGAGAUUACUACCAACCCCAGCAUAGUCAAGGUAUUCCAUGGAUGUGAUAGCGAUGUUGUCUGGUUACAGCGAGAUUUCUCCGUUUAUCUUGUUAAUGUUUUCGAUACUCAUCAAGCAGGGAAACUUCUAGGACUACCAAGAUUAAGUUUGGCGUGGUUACUAGAACACUACUGUAAAGUGUACGCUGAUAAACAAUAUCAGCUUGCAGAUUGGAGAAUAAGGCCUCUGCCUGAGGCGAUGGUUUACUAUGCUAGACAGGAUACAAGAUAUCUUAUCUUCUUAUAUGAGAAACUAAAGAUUGAGCUGCUUGAGAAGGGAAAUGAGCAACAAAAUUUACUUCGUGCAGCUCUGCAGCAGAGUAAUAUUUUGUGUUCUACCAGAUACUAUAAACCUAUCAGAACCUCAGCAAGUCAUCUUGAUCUUCUGAAGAAAUCUAAAUCUGUUCUGAACAACAAGCAACUCUUUGCUUUACAGGAACUGUACAGCUGGAGGGAUGGUGUAGCUAGGAUUGAGGAUGAGAGUACCCAAUAUAUUCUACCAAACCAUAUGCUUCUCAAGAUAUGUACCGAACUACCGAGGGAGAUGCAGGGUAUCCUAGCGUGCUGUAACCCUGUACCUCCUCUAGUCAAACAACAUCUUCAGUCUUUACACAUGGUUAUACUCAAGGCUAGAAAUAAGACGCUGCAGACCGUGGACUCUGACAUCCACGGUUCCUUCAAUAACACGGAGAACGAGGUGGCGGGAAACGAGAACGAGUACAAUGAAAAUCCGCUAAAAUGUCCGCUAGAGCUGUCCAACCUAUCGGAACUCGGAACAGGAUUAAAAACGCUUGUCUCCAAGCAGGGAGAGAUAAUGGAGUUUUCUCCGAAGAUGAAUAAUAAUUUAAUCAAGAAGAAAUCUUCACUCGGGGUCUUUGAUGUCAAGGACGAAGAGAAGAAGAAAAAGAAGAAGAAGGAGAAAAAGAAGAAGAAUGAGAUUGAGAAGUUUAUCAGUCCUUUCCAGAGAUACCAAAUGCUGCGACCCUAUCUAGAGAGUUUGAAGAAAUCAGAUGAACCAGACUCAGCCAACCAACAGGUUAAAUCUGCCGAUGUACGACUGGAAAGUAUAAAACUGCACUUCCAAAAGUUGACGGAUAUGACACCGAAACCUAAGAAAGUAGAGAUUGAAGAAGAAGAAGAGGAAGAGGAAGAAGUUCAAAAUCUUGAAUCUGAUGAAGAGGUUUUACCCUACCGGAAGUCCAAUGGUCCACUUCCUAAAAAAAUGCGUUUCGUGGAUAAAAAAAGUGUGCCUGAUUCUGCUGAGAAGGCGAGAUUGCUUGAACAGGUUGAGAAGGAAGCAGAGAAAAGGAAACUAGAGAUAGAAAAUAAACUUGUCCAGGAAGAAAUAAUGGAGAAGAAGAAGAAAAAGAAAAGGAAAAGUGACGAAGAAGUUCCUUUCGAGUCGAAAAUCCCUAAGACCGGUGCUGGGUUCGACUACACUAAUGUCGACUACGACAAGAUGUUUGAGAAAAGUCGACAGGAUCGAUCUGAUUUCAAUCCAGUGCGACAUGAUAAGAAGAACAAUCGAAUGGACAAGACAAAACAGAAAACUAAGAACAACGGGAAAAGUUUUACGUUUAAAAAAUAGUACAUGUCUUGUCAACUUCCACAUUAUCAACGGUGCUGUGAGCGAAUUUUUUAGAACAAUUUUUUCAG